CCUUCAGGCAACGAGGAGGGCGAAUGAAGGAGGCGGGGGCGCGGAAUUGGGUUGGCAGUGCCGAGUGGCGCUUCCUAUUUCCGGUCGGUCUCCCUGCAACCUCUCAGGAAGAGCCUUGAGCGAGGUGGGAAUGUGGAGCCGCGACGGAGAGGUGACCUCCUCACUGUGCCAGUUUCCCACGUUGCUUCCCCUUUGAAGAAGAGUAGCCAUGGUUUCCAAGCGAGCCUUCAUCUGUAGCUUGGGCUCCAUCUAUUUAUCCCUCCUCUUUGUGUUCCUGCUCAUGGAUGUCUACGCUCGGCCCGCCAACAACUCCGCCUUGAAAGAGAAGGCAGCCGACAACAACAACAAGGACGAGAACGAGAUCCUGCCUCCGGACCAUCUGAACGGGGUCAAGAUGGAGAUGGACGGCCACCUGAACAAGGAGUUCCACCAGGAGGUCUUUCUGGGGAAAGAGAUGGAGGAGUUUGACGAGGACUCCGAGCCGCGGAGAAACAGGAGGAAGCUGAUGGUGAUUUUCUCAAAAGUCGACAUCAACCGGGACAAAAAGAUCAGUGCCAAGGAGAUGCAGCGCUGGAUCAUGGAGAAGACGGAAGAGCAUUUCCAGGAGGCGGUGGAAGAAAACAAGAUGCACUUCCGGGCUGUGGAUCCCGAUGGUGAUGGUCACGUAUCCUGGGACGAGUAUAAGAUCAAGUUCCUGGCCAGCAAAGGAUUCAACGAGAAGGAAAUUGCGGAGAAGAUUAAAAACAACGAGGAGUUGAAAAUCGACGAGGAAACACAGGAAGUUCUUGACAACUUGAAAGACCGCUGGUACCAAGCCGACAACCCUCCCGCCGACCUCUUGCUGAACGAGGAGGAGUUCCUGUCUUUCCUUCACCCAGAGCACAGCCGAGGGAUGCUGAAGUUCAUGGUGAAGGAAAUCGUUCGGGAUCUGGAUCAAGAUGGCGAUAAGAAGCUGACGCUCUCCGAGUUCAUCUCUCUGCCUGUCGGCACGGUGGAGAACCAACAGGCCCAGGAUAUCGACGACGACUGGGUGAAAGACCGGAAGAAGGAGUUUGAGGAAGUGAUUGACGCAGACCACAAUGGCAUCGUCACCAUGGAAGAACUGGAAGAAUAUAUGGACCCCAUGAACGAGUACAACGCCUUGAACGAAGCCAAGCAGAUGAUUGCAGUGGCGGACGAGAACCAGAACCAUCACUUGGAGCAGGAGGAGAUCUUGAAAUACAGCGAGUACUUCACCGGCAGCAAACUCAUGGACUAUGCCCGGAACGUCCACGAGGAGUUCUAGGCACCCGGCGGCCCCUGGGCUCUCGAAUGCACCUUCUUGCUUUCCAAAAAAAUAUAUAUGACACCGAGAGAGAGAGAGAGAAAAGACAGUUGACCGUUUGCUGCUAUAUCUGUGUUCUGUGUGUAUCCAGUGUGGUAUUCUAGACUUUAUAUUCAAAAGGAAGCCGUCCACCUAUAUUUACAGAAAGAGCAAUGGGAGAGGCAGCUCUCUUCCCUUUGAUUUCCAACGGGAUACCAUCCGGCUCCGUUCCCUCAGUUUCCCCCCUCGGAAGGCUGCCCUCAGGUCUCUCACGCUUUCAUUUCACUCCCAAAAGGCGCUUGUAUUAUCCCUGGUUUGUCAACGGGGUUUUAAGUAAUGGUCUUGUAUUCGCAAGGAAGGGUUGCGACCUCAAUCGAGGUUGCCUUUUCCAUCCUAGGUUGAUGAUCGGAAAGAUGGCCACGUUUCAUGUUAGAAUACAGACUGCCUGGAAUCGGA